AUGGAAGACAAGACACCAAAACCAAGAGAGUCCAUCUCGCUCACAUCUGUGGCUAAUGGUCUGGAGAACAUGGGGGCUGAGUUCUUGGAAAGCCUGGAGGAAGGCUGGACCCCUGGUGACGUCACAAGCCCUGUAGAGGGUGGGGACAGCUGGACCGAGGCCCGCCCGGAGCCCUUCUCAGGCUGGUAGGUGGUCUCCAGGAGGGACCUUGGCCCGGGGCGGAGGUCACUCAGGGUGUGUCAAAGUCACAGACCUGGCUGCGGGUGGUUAGUCAUUCCCCUGCUGCUCCCAGCGUUUGCUGCCUUCCUGCUGACUGCCAGCCUCCUGGAUUUCCAGAGGGCCCUGGCACUGCUCGUCCUCACCUGUGUGGGGGUCACUGUCCUUGCCCACGGCCUGCUGAAGAGACUGCUGGGGCCCCCACUGCUGAGGUGUGUGGAGCCUCUGGGACAUGACCGCCUGGGCCUCUGGUUUGAGAGGGGUCUGGCCCUCGCUGCUUGCCCGGGCUUGGUCUUGUGGCUGGUUCUGGACACUUCCCAGCGACCUGAGCAGCUAGUGUCCUUUGCAGGAAUCUGCGUGUUCGUCAGCCUCCUCUUUGCCUGCUCCAAGCAUCACCGCGCAGUGUCCUGGAGGGCUGUGUCCUGGGGCCUUGGACUGCAGUUUGCACUCGGACUCUUUGUCAUCAGAACGGAACCGGGAUUUAUCGCAUUCCGGUGGAUGGGCAGCCAGAUCCAGAUCUUCCUGAGCUACACGGACGUCGGCUCCAGCUUCGUGUUUGGGGAGGCGAUGGUCAGGGGUGUCUUCGCCUUUCAGGUUCUGCCCAUUGUCAUCUUCUUCAGCUGUGUCAUGUCCAUGCUCUACCACAUGGGCCUCAUGCAGUGGGUGAUCCAGAAGAUCAGCUGGCUGAUGCAGGCCACCAUGGGUACCACGGCCACGGAGACCCUGAGUGUGGCUGGAAACAUCUUUGUGAGCCAGACCGAGGCUCCUCUGCUGAUCCGGCCCUAUCUGGCCGACAUGACCCUCUCUGAGAUCCACGCGGUCAUGACCGGAGGCUAUGCCACCAUUGCCGGCAGCCUGCUGGGCGCCUACAUCUCCUUUGGGAUCGAUGCGGCCUCCCUGAUCGCUGCCUCCGUGAUGGCCGCCCCUUGUGCCUUGGCCCUCUCCAAGCUGGUCUACCCGGAGGUGGAGGAGUCCAAGUUUAAGGGCACGGAAGGGGUGAAACUGACCGCAGGAGAUGCUCGGAACCUCCUGGAAGCCGCCAGUAACGGGGCUGCCAUCUCCGUGAAGCUGGUUGGGAACAUUGGAGCUAACCUGAUUGCCUUCCUGGCGUUGUUGGCCUUCGUCAACGCGGCCCUCUCCUGGCUGGGAGCCAUGGUGGGUGCCCAGGAGCUCAGCUUCCAGCUCAUCUGCUCCUACGCCCUGAGGCCUGUGGCCUUCUUGAUGGGGGUGGCCUGGGAGGACUGCCCGGUGGUGGCGGAGCUGCUGGGGACCAAGCUGUUCCUGAAUGAGUUCGUGGCCUACCAGGAACUGGCCCAGUACAAGCAGCGCCGCCUCGCGGGAGCAGAGGAGUGGGUCGGCACCAAGAAGCAGUGGAUAUCCGUCAGAGCAGAAAUCCUCACGACCUUCGCCCUCUGUGGAUUUGCCAACUUCAGUUCCAUCGGGAUCAUGCUGGGAGGACUGACCUCCAUGGCCCCCCAGCGGAAGAGCGACUUCUCCCAGAUAGUGCUCCGGGCGCUCUGCACGGGGACCUGUGUGUCCCUGGUGAAUGCCUGCGUGGCAGGGAUCCUGUAUGUGCCCCGGGGGGCGGCGGCCGACUGCACGACCCUCCUGAACACAACCAUCAGCGGCAGCAGCUUCGAGGUGUACCAGUGCUGCCGUGAGGCCUUCCAGAGCCCCGGCCCAGCAGUCAGCCAGGAGGCCCUGGACGUCUGCUGUCGAUUCUACAACAACACGAUCUGUGCGUAGCGGGGACAGCCUGUCUUUGGCCUCCUGGGGGCUGCUCUUCCCCAUGAUGUGGCUGUCCCCACCUUUCUCUCUCCAGGCCCCCUCUGGGGGAGGCCACGGGGCUGAGACUCCCCUCGGUCACACGGUUGGGAAGGAAGGAUGGGGUGAGCGGGCCGGGACUGGGUGGUGUGGACGCAGUGAUGGCUGCCCCCCAGUCUCCGCCCCCUUCCUGCUCCCUCCCGAAAUGCGAGUUCUCAGGGUCACCUCUGCCUCCUCAUCUCUCCCCUC